AUGGAGAAAAAGAGGAGUAAGUCGUUCAAGGAGUAUGCCGUGAGAUGGCGAAAUCUAGCUGCUCAAAUCACUCCUGAGCCUACUGACAAGGAGUUAAUGAAGUUGUUCAUGAAGACCCUCCCGUCUCAGUUCUGUAACCGGAUGACAGAAUUAACUGCAACCCACCCUCUCUCCCUCUUCCUCUUCCUCUGUCUUCUCUUCUUGCUACCAUUUCAGCCCUCGGCGUCACCAUUCAAAGAGGCACAAGCUCUUGUCAAAUGGAAGAACUCUCUCUCCCCUCCUCCUUCUCCACCUUCUCUGAGUUCAUGGUCGCUCGCCGACAUUACCAUCUGUCACUGGACUGGCGUUGCCUGCAGCAAUGGCGGUUCAGUCACAGAGAUCAGCCUCUCAGGCUCAAGCCUCAGCGGCACACUCGAUGCACUUGACUUCGCUUCAUUCCCGAACCUGACCUGCUUUAACGUGAGCCAUAACAAUCUUAAGGGCCUGAUACUGUCCUCGAUCGGCAAUCUCUCCAAGCUCAGCUUCCUGGACCUGGGGAGCAAUCUCUUUGAAGGUGGCAUACCACCCGAGAUAGGUCAAUUGCAAGAGGUUCAGUACUUGAGCCUCUUUAACAACAGUCUCAACCGUACGAUUCCCUACCAGAUCAGCAAUCUCGGGAAGGUGCGGCACUUGGAUCUUCAAUCAAACCACUAGAAAUCUCCUGACUGGUCGAAAUUCUCGGUCAUGCCAUCCGUGACUCACCUGAGCCUCUCUGAAAAUAACCUCGACAGUAAAUUUCCGGGCUUCGUGGCCAAUUGCAAGACCCUGACAUACCUCCGGUUGUCAUCAAACAAUUUGACAGGCGAAAUUCCAGAGGCUGUGUAUGCCAACCUGGUGAACCUCGAAUACCUCCACCUCACUGAGAAUUCGCUUCAGGGUCAGAUUGCAAACUUAUCGAAACUUUCCAAGCUGAAGGAGAUCCACAUAGGAUUGCUGUCUCGGCUUCAGACUGUAGAAAUGCACGAAAAUUCCUUCGAAGGGGCAAUUCCUAGCUCCGUCGGUCAAUUGAGGGAGCUUCAAAAGCUUGAUUUGCACCAAAACCGCUUGAACUCUUCGAUCCCUUCUGAGCUCGGUCUUUGUUCUAACCUCACCUUCUUAGCCCUUGCCGAGAAUUCGAUCUCUGGGGAGCUGCCUUUCUCUCUGUCCAAUCUGGUCAGAUUGUCAGAAUUUGGAGCUUCGUCUAAUCGCCUGUCAGGUGAGUUAUUGCCUUACUUCUUCACAAAUUGGACGGAACUCAUUUCUUUGCAGCUCCAGUACAAUUCUCUCUCCGGGCAAAUUCCACCAGAAAACAAAAGCCUGACCAAGCUCAAUUACCUCUAUUUGUUCUGCAAUUCACUCUCUGGCCCAAUCCCUACCGGGAUCGGGAGCUUGGAGAAUUUGCUUGAGUUAGACCUCUCAAAGAACAAUCUCUCCGGCCAAAUCCCAUCGACAUUGUGGAACCUCCACAACCUGCAGAUCCUCCAGCUUUACUCCAACAAUCUCACUGGGACUAUUCUUCCGGAGGUCGGGAAUCUCACAUCAGUGACCACUCUCGACCUCCACACGAACCAGCUUUACGGAGAGGUCCCUGAGACCAUCUCUCGCCUUGCUAACUUAGUGUGGAUCUCUUUGUUCGGGAAUAAUUUCUCAGGAAGCAUAUCACGUGAUUUUGGCAAGUACAGCCCUUCUCUGGGCUAUGUUUUUUUUUCGAACAACAACUUCACCAGAGAACUGCCUCCCGAGUUAUGCAGUGGCCUUGCUCUUCAUGAACUAAUGGUCAAUGGGAACAAGUUCACAGGGUCGCUGCCUGACUGCUUGAGGGACUGUUCGGGGCUAACAAGAGUCGGUCUGGGGCACAAUCAGUUCACUGCAAAUAUCACAAGUGCAUUCGGAGUUUAUCCCAAUCUGACCACUAUAAACCUCAGCAACAACCGAUUUAUUGGAAGUCUCUCGGCACAAUGGGGAGAGUGUACGAAUCUCAUGGACUUGCAGAUAGAUGACAACAAAAUCUCAGGCCAUAUCCCUCCGGAGCUCGGAAAAUUGUCUCGGUUGAGCGUCCUGACUUUGUGCAACAAUGAUUUGACCGGAAGAAUUCCCGACGAGAUGGGUAACCCAGGGGAGUUGUUCAAGCUGAACUUGAGCAACAACCAUUUGGCGGGAUACAUUCCCAUCUCACUAGGAAAAUUAUCGAAGCUCCAAUUUCUUGAUUUGUUGGACAAUGCAUUGGGUGGUAGCAUACCGGAUGAGUUAGCGAAUUUAAAGAAUCUAUUGAGCUUGAACUUGAGCAACAACAAUUUGUCAGGUAACAUAUCAUCCAAACUCGGGAAGUUGUCCACACUACAGAUUCUCCUAGACCUCAGCCACAAUUCCCUAAAAAAAUCAAUUCCUUCCAAUUUAGAUAAGCUUACUAAAUUGGAAAAUCUCAAUCUUUCGCAUAAUGAUUUGUCAGGUACGAUCCCUGCUGCUCUCACACGCUUGAGUACGUUGAACUCGUAUGACUUCUCGAACAACAAAUUGACCGGUGUGGUUCCUAUUGGUGGGAUCUUCCAACAUGCUCCGGGAAGUGCUUUUAUUGGAAAUCCAGGCUUAUGUAGAAACGCGACCGGAUUAUCUCCGUGUGGGACGAGCAGUAAAUCAACCACCAUAGAAAAAAAAGUUUUGGUUGGUGUGAGUGUUGGCGUUUGCUGCUUACUACUUCUGGGGAUCCUAAUUGCUGUGAUUCUGCUACUUCAGCGGCAAAAAAAGUAUCGUGAUGAAGAGGAAGAGACCAAGCGCCUUAAAAAGCAUGAGAAAUAUGAGCAGAUCAUAUGGGAAAAGUUAGGGAAGUUCACAUUCAGGGACGUCGCCAAGGCCACCAAUGAUUUCAGCGAAGAAUACUGCAUCGGAAAAGGUGGGUUCGGGAAUGUUUACAAGGCCGUAUUGGCCAACGGCCAAACUGUUGCUGUCAAAAAGCUCAACGCAGUAGAAUCUGGCAACAUCCCGGUAGUCAACCACUAGAGUUUUGAGAACAAAAUUCACAUGUUGACUAAGGUCCAGCACCGCAAUGUGAUCAAGCUUCACGGAUUUUGUUCCAUGAGGGGUUGCAUUUACUUGGUCUAUGAGUUUGUUGAGAGAGGCAAUUUGACAAAGGUCUUGUAUGGAGGAAUAGGAGCAACAGAGCUAGACUGGGGUACAAGGGUUAAUAUUGUGCAAGGCGUGGCUCACGCAAUUGCCUAUUUGCAUCACGAUUGCUCGCCACCUAUUGUGCCGGACAUAACAUUAAACAACAUCUUGCUCAAGCCUGACUUCGAGCCUCGGCUCUCAAAUUUGGGAACAGCAAGACUCUUGAAUUCAGACUCGUCGAAUUGGACUGCAGUGGCCGGAUCUUAUGGUUACAUGGCUCCUGAGUUAGCAACAACGAUGCGAUUGACUGCCAAAUGCAAUGUGUAUAGCUUCAGAGUAGUGACGCUAGAGAUUAUGAUGGGGAGGCAUCCAGGGGAUCUUCUCUCUUCCCUAUCUAUGAUGCGAACAUCGACAUUAUCAGAGAACCCAAACUUGCUGCUGAAGGAUAUGCUCGACCCACGUCUUCCUCCUCCGACCAAACAACUAGCCAAGAAAGUGGUAUUCAUCAUCAUGGCAGCACUUGCAUGCACACGGACGAGUCCCAAUUCGCGACCCAUCAUGCGUUUCGUCACGCGAGAACUAUCCACACACGCUCAAGCUUACUUGUCCGAGCCAUUUAAAUCAAUAACCAUCAGCAAAGCCAUCGAGUCUGCAGAAGAGAAAUUUUGA